GUCCAACAUCGCCUUAAUAAUAAAAAUAAUGUUUUUUUUUACUACAUUUUUUGUAUAAAGCUUAACAUGUUAUUGUAAUGUUAUUCGCAAUGUUAUUGCAUGUUAUUUUCUUUGAAAAUAACAUUGCAAUAUAAGCAGUAAUUUUUUUAAUAUAUGUAUUUAAUGAUUUUUUGAAAGAAAAAGUUAUUGUUCUUUUCAUCACGACUGUAUGCUAGCGUAUUCGAAUCUGUCUCGAAGGAAUGUAGCCGGAAGACUGACGCAUUGUCUUUCGAUUUUUAGCGACCGAUGUUUCUACUCGACGUCUCAAUGUUCGUGUCCCUUUUCUCAAAAGUUUAUUGGUUAACGAGAUAGCGUUAGUAACCGACUUGGGGUCGCCAAUAAAAUCGCGGAAGGGAUGCAGAUGCCCGCGUUCGGGAAGGCCUUUUGUUAGACGAGGGAGAUGACCUCUCCUCCGAGUGGUCUUAAACAAUAUUUUUUGCCAGUCUCCGUCAUGUCAAAACCUGUAAGCAAUUAUCUCAGGGAUCUUUGAAAUUCUCAAGUGUUGAACAUCUGUGUAAAUAAAUGGUCGCUCGUAAAUCACUCAGUGUGCGGAAUUCAUUUUGAGACAUGACGUGAUUUCCCGAGAUGGACUAGUUUUCUUAACAUCCUUUUGAUUUAUAAUUUUUAUUUGGAGCCCUUGGAUUACUUAAAAGAUCUGCGAAUGAGACUUGAUUUGGUAUUUCGCGCGGCGUCCGGCGCGUCGCGAUCACCCACACACUCAAAGCGCCGUACGUGUUAUGUAUAAGGCAUUCAUCUGAAAGACUUUCAACAAGAUUACAUAAUAAGAUUACAUUAUAUAAGUUUUAAAAUGUAAUUUGCUCAACGAAGUAUAUUCAAGGCCAAAGUACCGUUCAAGACUACAUUCCAAAAGACUACAUAUAUUCCAAGACUUAAUUAAGAAAAUGUAUUGCAAACCUCCACGACUAUACAUCGCGUGAACGAAGGAGAGAGUAGUAUUCUAAUAUGCUUUUCAAAGGUAGCCAAGAUGUUUUACUGUCUCCCUACUACAUAAUUUUCGUGGACGCAAAGUAUUUAAGUCUUCUUGACAUUGUCCUUAUAAUCAGAACUCUUAAAGUUUUCGUCGGGCGCGAAUGCGUAUAGGUGCACUUCACACUAAAAUUAUUUGUGAGGGUUGCUAAAGUAAUCAAUCACCUUUGUAUUCCAAAUCCAUUUUUAUUUCAUACAUCUUUUGUGUUUCAAUAUUUUUAUUAUUUAUCUUGUGAUCGCGAAUUAUUUCCGUACGUUUAUGGAAAAUUUGACGGCUUUGAAAAUUGAACGGCUAAAUUUGAAAAAAGAAGAACUUGACUCUUGCACAAAUAAAAAACUGUACUGCACUGAUUAGAAUAGUUGUUAGAAUAGUUGACAAAAAUGUUUAUUACUAUAUUGUUACUUGUUUUCAUAAUGUGUUUUGUGUAUUACGUGCAAUAUGGAUCAAAUAAACAUUUAAUCAAUAAAAUACCAGGACCACCAAGUUAUCCAAUUAUUGGUAAUAUAUUGCUAGGACUACGUUCACGAAAGGACAUUUGGAAGAUUUUAUUUAAUUUAAGUAAUCAGUAUUAUCCUAUUUUUAAACUAUGGGCUUUUUUUAUACCUCUGGUAUCUAUUCGUCAUCCUAAUGAUCUGGAGUUAAUACUCAACAAUAGAAAACACAUUGACAAAGGUCCGAUUUAUUACAAAUUAAGUCCUUGGCUUGGUGAGAGUCUUACUCUCAGUACAGGCUCCAAAUGGCAAUCACGACGAAAGCUAUUAACUCCCACAUUUCAUUUUAAUAUAUUAAAGCAAUUUGUUAAGAUUUUAAGCGAAGAGAGCGAGAGCAUGACAAGGUCUUUGAAAAGUGCAGGAGGUGUCAUUAUAAAAGAUUUAAUACCAUUUAUUAGUGAACAUACAUUGAAUAUAAUAUGUGAAACAGCCAUGGGGACUUCUCUGCGAGGAAUGGGUUCAUUUCAGCAACAAUAUCGAAAAGCGGUUCACCGAAUGGGUGAGCUUUUUAUUUAUAGGUUAAUGAGACCAUGGUUAUAUAACGAUUGGAUAUUCUCGUUAACUCCAACAGGCAGAGAACAAAGAAAGGUCUUGAAGAUAUUGCACGGAUUCACUGAGAAGAUUGUUGCAGAAAGGAAAGUUUAUCAUAAACAUCAUGGACAAUAUUUGAGGAAUCUUAGCGAAGAGACAGUUGAUGCAGAAACUAUUGGAAUGGAGAAAAAACAGCUCGCUAUGUUGGAUCUUUUAAUAUUGGCGUCUGAAGAAGGUCUUUUAACAGAUUCCGAUAUAAGAGAGGAAAUCGACGUUUUUAUUUUUGGGGGUUAUGAUACUACAUCAUUAGCUAUAUCCUUUACUUUAUCACUCCUGGCCGAACAUAAAGAUAUUCAGGAUUGUGUCAGAGAGGAAGUCGAUCUUAUUAUGCAAGAAAGUCAAGGAAAACUUACCAUGAAAUCGUUGCAAAAUCUAUACUAUUUAGAGAGAUGUAUAAAGGAAACAUUACGUUUAUAUCCGAGUACUUAUUUUAUAGCACGAGUUACUUCGGAAAAGAUACAAUUAAGUUCAUAUUUAAUACCUGCCAAAACAAUAGUACAUCUUAAUAUACGUGAUGUUCAUAGAGAUCCUAAUUUUUGGCCAAAUCCAGAAAUAUUUGAUCCAGAUAGAUUUUUACCCGAAAAUUGUCGAAAUCGUCAUCCCUAUUCCUAUGUACCAUUUAGUGCUGGACCACGUAAUUGCAUUGGUCAACGAUUUGCUUUGCUGGAAAUGAAAGCGGUGAUAGCCUAUUUGAUUCACAAUUUUUAUUUGGAACCCGUGGAUUAUUUAAAGGACUUACAAAUGGAAGUUGAUAUAUUGCUUCACCCUGUACAUCCGCAUCGUAUAAAAUUUGUUCCAAUUGCCAAAAAGUGCACAUAAGUAGUAGUAGUAAUAGUAGUAAUAGUAUGACUUUAUUGAUUUCCUUACAAUUUAUUACAAACGCAUAUUUAACCUUAAUCUUAUCUCUAAACCAAGAAUAGUAACUAGAUCUCUAAACCUUGAAUAGUAACUAGUUGAAAGUUAAUAAUAAAGUUAAAAAGUUAAUAACUUUUAAUUUAAUUUAGUUAAUUUUAAAUGAUUUAAUUUUUAACUUUAACUACCCGGGAAAAAAUACUUAUUGCUCUUAUAUGCUCAUAUAAGAAGUAAUUUUAUACGCUCAUAUAUGAAUUUUGUCCGCAAAAACUCAUAUAUGGUCAUAUAUGUGAUUAUCUAAUCAUAUUCAAGCAUAUAUAUUUAAAUAAGUUUAUAUUUGGAGGUGUAGUAUUGUGAUCUGAACAUAUAUAACUCUAUAAGUUUGUAUGUAAUUAUAUAAAAUUUUAUUUUUAUUUUCUCAAUUUUUGGAAGCUCUCUCUAAGUUGUAGAGACUCACGAACUCUCUUCGUUAAAAAAAAAAAAAAAAAAAAAAAAAAAAAAAAA